GUCACUGAAUGUCAUUGAACCUUCUGUCAAUUACUACUAGUACUGCACCGUGCGUGUUUGGGUUACGGUGUCACAACAAGUCAGGGUAGGGGUUGUCGUCUGCAACAUUGAUCUACCGGUACUGUGAUGGGAACUUGGGGUUCGUUUACUUCUCUAAAACAAGCUGCUCCAGUUUCUAGAAGCAGGGUUUGUUAAUUGUAUAUCGUACGUAUACAGACGUUUUGUUCUGACCGUGUGACAAUCAACGUGAGUGCACAGAGUAAGGUGAGUGCCACUGAACACACACGAAUCUUGCAUUGGCAGAGCUGCUGGUGGAUUUAUUGAUCGAAGACAAGCCUAGUGUAAAGUUUCAAGAAACAAGAUGAAUUUUCUUGCACUGGUUCUCGCUGUCACCUUCCCAUUGGUCAUCGCUGCAUCAUCUGAGGGCAGCUUCAUCUUUGAUGCUUUUCAAGAUCCCCAACGAGAUACAUUUCUCAUUGGAAACUUCCCUGAUGAUUUCCUGUGGGGCGUAGCAACAGCAUCUUACCAGAUCGAAGGAGCUUGGGAUGUGGAUGGGAAGGGUCCAAGCAUCUGGGAUUCCUUCAGUCAUUCCAAAGGCAAAGUCUACCAGAAUCAGACAGGGGAUAUUGCAUGUGACAGCUACAAUAAGAUCCAGAGAGAUGUGGAGAUGCUUAAGGAGCUUGGAGUGAAGGCCUAUCGCUUCUCAAUCUCAUGGUCUCGGAUUCUACCAACAGGUACCCUUGAGAGCUUCAACCAGGCCGGUGUGGAUUACUACAGGAGAGUUCUCACUGCCUUAGAAGCGGCUGGAAUUGAACCUAUGGUGACUCUCUACCAUUGGGAUCUCCCUCAAGCCCUUCAGGACAUCGGAGGUUGGGAGAAUGAAAUGAUGGCCGUGUAUUUCAGUGACUAUGCCGAUAUCUGCUUCAGGGAGUUUGGUGAAAAGGUGAAACUGUGGAUCACAUUUAAUGAGCAAAUUGUGUUUACAGUUUUUGGGUACGAGUUAGGCAUGCAUGCUCCUGGAUUGAAACAUAGUGGAUAUGGGGCAUACAAAGCUGCUCAUACAUCAAUCAAAGCCCAUGCAAAUGCCUGGCAUAUCUAUGACAAAAAGUAUCGUUCAAAGCAAGGUGGUAAGGUAUCGAUCGUCUUCAACUCCGAUUGGUUCGAACCAAAGACGGAUUCAUACGGUGAUCAAUUAGCAGCUAAAAGAAUGUCUGAUCUAUACAUGGGCUGGUUGGCGCAUCCAAUAUUUGUAAAUGGAGAUUACCCUGUCAUAAUGAAGGAGUACGUAGCUAAUGUCAGUCGCCUUCAGGGCUUAACAACAUCUAGACUUCCUACAUUCUCAGAAAGUGAGAAAAGAUUGAUCGCUGGAACCUUUGACUUCUUUGGUUUGAAUCACUACACAACAUCAUAUGUCAACCACAAAUCCACUGCUCACCCUCGCAUUGCUAGCUUUAUGUUAGAUUAUGACAUGGAGAUAUCCAAAGAUGACGCCUGGCCGAAAGCUGCCUCAUCUUGGCUGAGCAUCGUACCUUGGGGUAUGAGGAGACUGCUGGGAUGGAUCAAGGAGCAUUAUGGAGAUGUACCUAUAUACAUCACAGAGAAUGGGAUGUCACAGAGUGAGAUGGACAUCAAGGAUGAGUUAAGAGUCAAGUACUUCAAGGCCUACAUCAAUGAGGUACUCAAAGCCCACCUUAUUGAUGGUGUGAACAUCAAGGGAUACUUCGCUUGGUCCCUCAUGGAUAACUUUGAAUGGGCAGAAGGCUACCGUGAGAAGUUUGGUCUGUAUGAGGUCAACUUUGAUGACCCGGAACGACCACGGACUCCCAGAGAAUCGGCUAAAACAUUCGCUGGGAUAAUAAAAAACAAUGGCUUCACAGUAUCACAGGAUAAAAGCAAGACAGAGCUGUAACUAAAUCAAAGACAAAUAAAUUCAAGUAUGGAAACAUUAGGGAAAUCAUUAGGACAGUUGAUUGUGGUUGUUAAUUGUUGUGCCAAUGGUAAAAGUACUUUAAUAGUGGAGCAAUCCAGGAGUGAAUCCCAGGGAAAGAUAAGCCAUGUCUGAGUCAAAUGACUCUGGCUAUGACUACAGUUGUUAUAGCAACAACAAUUAUUAAUAAAGGGGACUUUCAUCGCUGUAGCUGUAGCCACUGGCAAGCAAAAGCAAUUAAUUCGGCUUGGCCAUUUGCCAAAAAGGUUAACACUUUUAAAUGCAAAGUUCCAAGCAGUAAUUGUAUGUUGAAGUCAUAUCUUAAACUGAUAGGUUGAUGAUCUAAGUGUUCUGGGACUAAACAAUCAUAAUACAAUUGAAGAUAACCCCUGAACUUUGGUUUAUGUUCUUUGCUGAAAGAAUUAUGUAACCAUAAAUGAAGUACAAAUUAGCUUUGGUUUUGUUACAAUA